CGAGUGUGCUCUUUGUGAAAUUCCACCAUGGCAUACCGUGGCCAGGGCCAGAAAGUGCAGAAGGUUAUGGUGCAGCCCAUCAACCUCAUCUUUAGAUACUUACAAAAUAGAUCACGGAUUCAGGUGUGGCUCUAUGAGCAAGUGAAUAUGCAGAUAGAAGGCUGUAUCAUUGGUUUUGAUGAGUAUAUGAAUCUUGUAUUACAUGAAGCAGGAGAGAUUCAUUCUAAAACAAAGUCAAGAAAACAACUGAGAAAACAACUGGGUCGGAUCAUGCUAAAAGGAGAUAAUAUUACUCUGCUACACUCCAACUAGAAAUGAUCAAUGAAG